AUGACCUCGUCCAAUAGUGCUGAUGCCAGUGUGCCGGAAUGGAUGACAAAGGAAUACUUUGUGGAUGCUAUUGCGGUGAAGUUGGAACUCCCGAGCAGUGCCUUCACUAUCACCGAUCUUGAUGCUCGGAAGGCUACGGAGGCUGGUGAUAAUUAUGCGUCCAUUCUCUAUAGGGUGCGAGUUUCGGUUCGAGUGCAUGAUGGUGAUAGUCAAACGGACGUUUCGCUAAUAGUGAAAGCUCUUCCAAAUCUUGGACUAUCCGAUGAGAUGAUAAAAAUGAUGAACCUGUUCCCAAAGGAGAUGGCCAUGUACACGGACAUACUGCCCGCCUUGGAAGGCAUGUAUCAUGCGCGUGGUCGAACAAGUGUGUCAUUUGGUCCACGCUGUCUGAAGCACAGCACCGAACCGACCGAUGUGAUUGUGAUGGAAGACUUGCGCGAACGUCAAUUUACGAUGGCUAACCGACGCCAGGGAGUGGACAUGAACCAUACAAAACUUGUGCUACGACGAAUGGCACAGUUCCAUGCUGCUUCCGUUGUUCUGCAACAACAACGUGGCUCGUACGGUGAGCUGUUUAAGGAGGGAAUGUUUAAGGAGGCAGGACGCGCUAUGACUGAACAGUUUCAGAAAGGACAAGCCGAUUUCUUCCAGAAGAUGAUGUGCGGAUGGUCCGAAAAAGAAGCAUUCUACGCCAAUCUAAUGAAAUACUGGGGUAUGGAUUUGUUCGAUUCCCUCUUACUUAUCACCCGAGCCGAUCCAUCGGGAUUCAACGUACUCAAUCACGGUGAUAUGUGGUGCAAUAAUGUUCUGUUUCACUACAAAGAGGAUGGUGAGCCGAACGAUACCUUGCUGAUCGACUAUCAGCUCAGCUUCUGGUCCUCCCCAGCCCACGAUCUGCUCUACUUCAUUCUGACCUCCGUUAACGGCGAUUUGAAGCUAUCGCAGAUGAACUACAUGGUUCAAUACUACCACGAACAACUCGUUUACAGCUUUAAUUUCCUUGGGUACAAUGGCAAGAUCCCACUGCUAAAAGAACUGCACUCGGAUAUAACAGCGCAUCAUCUAUUCGGAUUAAUGGUAUGUUUCUCCAUUUUGCCUAUUUGCUUGAUGGAGAAAACAGACGAUGCGUCGAUGGAUUUGAUGUUGGAUCAGGGAGAUGCCGGAGUUGCCUUCAAGUUGAAAAUGUACAACAACCCUGUGUAUGUGAAACAAAUGAAGCAAAUCUUGGACUUCUUCUACGACAGAGGAGUGUUUGAUCUACUGCAGAUCGGAACCCAACGUGCGGCGCGGAUUGAAUGUGAUCCGUCUCUGGAACUACCGCUUUGUUUGGACCGAGAGUUUAUAGAGCACAUCGUAGAUUCUAAGUUCGGCAUCGACGAGAAGAAUAAACGCAUCGUCCGUAGUGUAUACGUGACUAUUGCAGCUAAGAAGGGCGACAGUUACGCAUCAGCGCUAUACUCGGCCAAGGCGAGUCUGCUCUGGAAGGAUGCAGACACGGAGGAGACACUAUCGCUCAUCAUCAAAGCACCUCCAAAGGGUAUUGCGGCUUCUUACGCACUGGACAAGGAUAUGCACGCGAGAGAGCUCUAUGUGUACGAACAUCUCAUACCCGCCUUUGAGGCACUGUACCGCAGCAAGGGAGUAUCGGUAAAGCUUGGACCACGCUACUAUACAUCGCGUGUCGGACUACCGGUGGAUGUGAUCGUACUGGAAGAUUUGACGAUUAGCGGGUUCCGCAUGGCUAAUAGACAGAAAGGAUUAGAUCAAGCUCACGUUGAGGCCGUACUCGAUCACCUGGCUCUGUUCCAUGCUGCAUCAGCCGUGUAUUGCGCGUCUGGCAACACCCUGCCAAAGGAUCUAACCGAGUCAAGUACGGACCGGGAAAUGGCGUCUAAAACAGAUGCGAUGUUUGCUCCCUCACUGGACAGCUUGUUCAAGUAUAUGAGAGAUUGGGAUUUCGCUGAAGAUUUCGUCGACGAUCUAGAGAUCGUUUCUAGACAGAUCUACACAUUGCUGGUAGACACUUGGACCAUCGACGUGAAUGGGUUCAAUGUACUGAAUCAUGGAGACGCGUGGCUGAACAAUAUUCUGUUCUCAUAUGACGAAGAGACGGUGAACCGUGUGGCAAUGGUCGAUUACCAGUUUCCAUCGUGGGGCUCACCUGUUUUCGAUAUAAUCCACUUUCUGUUUUCCUCUGCACGGAGAGAUGUAAAGCUUUCGAAACAGGCAUACUUUUUACGAUACUACCAGGAACGUCUGGUCCAUAACUUAGUGCUCCUCGGUUACAGCAAACGAUUGCCAACGCUGCAACGGCUUCACAUCGAUUUCAACAACCGUCUAAGUGCGGCCAUCAAAACUACCGUGAUUGAUCUUCCGUACGUGUUGGCAGAUCCGAGCGAAGACGCCACCCAGGAAGCAGCCAUCGUGCAGACAGAAGCAGGACAAAGAUUUCAACAGCUGCUCUUCGAUAACGAUCGUUUUAAGGAGCAUAUGAAGGAGCUGUUGCCCUACUUCCGAUCACGUGGAUUGCUGACGCCACUAGCGGCUAAUUGCAAACGGAUCUCCGGAAGUGAUUUGCUUGCUAGCGAACCUGUGCUUCUACACGCCCCUGUGCAAAUGGCUAACUUCGAGUGGAUCAAUAAUGAUCUGUUGGUGGAAUUGCUGGUACAGCAGCAUGGAACCAGUUUUAAGCGGCUUGUUUCUUAUGAGGUUAACUUUGCAACAAAAAAGGGAGAUAAUUACGCGAGUGAAAUGUACCGUGUGUCGCUACAUUACGAUACUGAUGUGUCUGUGAAGACGAGCAUUAUUCUCAAGGCGAUGCCAUCGGGAGAUCUUCAACAAAAAGUCAUGCAAGAGAACAGCAUCUAUCCUAGGGAGAUCGUGAUUUAUGGACAGAUCAUUCCCAAGAUCUACAAACUUUUGAGAUCAAUGGGUGAUGAUUCGGUCAUUUCGCCACAUUGUUUAAGCACUGCCACCAUUCCCAAGCAGAUGCUCGUGUUUGAAGAUGCGUGCGAGCAGGGUUUCAAAAUGGUUGAUCGUCGGUACGGAUUAGAUUUAGACCAUGCACGGUUGGUAAUUGUAAAGCUCGCCAAACUGCACGCCUGCUCGCGGAUGGUAUACGAAGAGGAACCCGCACUGUUCGAUCUCACGAUGGAAGGAUGCAUUUCUGAGGAUCCCAAGAAGCAGACAUUUCUACCAUACUAUCGGCGAUGCGUUCGGCAGGUGAUGCGCCUAGUAGCACAAUGGAACGAGGAUGGACGAUGGGAUCAGAUACAGCGAAAGCUGCAAAAGCUUCACGACAAGAUCAUUCCUUACGGGUGUGAUGUCUAUCGCAGAGAGGAGAAUUGCUUUAACGUGCUGAAUCACAACGAUAUAUGGCUAAACAACAUGAUGUUCUCAUAUGGCGACGGAACUGGAGUGAAAGAUGUACUGUUGCUAGAUUAUCAGCUUGCAUUUUAUGGUUCACCGGGGGUGGAUCUUAAUUUCUUCCUGUACGGUUCACUACAACCGGAAGUUCGUAUUGCACACUUACCGAAUUUAAUACAGCUAUAUCACACCACGCUUCACUCUACCUUGGAACAACUGUACUACACCGGAACGAUACCUUCCCUUCCAGACAUCCACGUGGAGAUCAUUCGCAAAGGAUUCCAUCGUGUCAAUGCCGUUUUCCAACAGAUGCCAAUUGCGAUGAUGGAACGGGCGGGAGAAACAGACAUGGAUCUCCUUUUGGGAGAAGGCGAACGCAGUGAAGCAUGUCGUCGCGAUCUCUUUGACAACCCGCGUUAUGUCAGUGUCUUGCCAGCGCUACUAACGGAGUUUGAUUUAAGUGGUUACUUAGAUUAA